AUGGUAUUGGUUGGACUUUUAACCCGUUUAGUUCCUUUGGUUCUAUUGGCAGGUACCGUUUUGCUACUUGUAUUUGUGGUCCUUUCAGGAGGCACAGACCAUUACCCAUUUGACAGAUUCUACUGGUUGGAGGUAAGGACUACUGAUUUUGAGACUCCGUUCGAUUUGGCCCGCUGGACUUAUUGGGGUUUAUGUGAGAACGUUGAUGGAAGGAACAGAGAUUGUGUAACUGGACCCGCUUACCCAAUUUCCCCGGAAGAUAACUUCGAAGGUGAUGAGAACCUUAACUCAGACUUCAUUUCUAACAGAGACACCUAUUUCUUCCUUUCCAGAUUCGGAAACGUUUUUCUAUUGUUGGGACUUAUUUUCUCCGGCGUUUCCUUCAUUCUUACGUUCUUAUCUAGUGUGUUGAAAUCUGCAAGGGUCACUUUAGCUCUAUUUUUGUUCUUAGCGACUCUUUUCACAGCUGGUGGUGCUGCUUUGAUGACUGCCGUGGUUGUUCUAGCUAGAAAUCACUUCGAUGGAGUGGAAACCCAAAUUUCUGCUAAUCAACUUGGAUGCACUUGGGGUGCAGUAGCUGCUAUAUUUUUAACCGUGGCAAUUCUUAGUACGUCAUCUGUCACCACAGCUUAUAGAAGACACAAGGAAGCUUUGGCAUCUCAACAAAACUAUGAACAACAACAAGGAAUACCACCCAACACCGGCGCUCCAGUUGUCGGAACACAACAGGAUAUCGGAGACCUUGAUUCCCAGAGCCCUCCCCCAUUGGCCGGUGAACCUACAGCUCCUACUCAGAAUGAAAGUGGAAUCCGCUUUUUCAAGAUUAGACAUAACAAGAAAGUAACUACUGCUGAUGAUGAGUCUUUGUAA